AUGGCACGUCUGGCCCUCCCCGUCCUCCUCGUCCUCUGCCUCUCUUUGCCCCACUUCUGCUCCAGCCGUCCGCCUCGCACCAGGAAGGCCGUUUCAUCUCGCCAGUCUGGAGCCGCCGAGGAAGAUGAUGUGAAGUCCCAGCUGGAGAAGUUGUGGCAGGAGGUGAAUUCACUGAAAGAGAUGCAGGCGCUGCAGACAGUCUGUCUGCGAGGCAUCAAAGCUCACAGGAAGUGUUACCUCACCAUCGAGGAGCCCAAACACUACCACGAAGCAAACGAAGACUGCAUUGCACAGGGGGGGACUCUUGCGACGCCGCGGGACACGAUGGAAAACAAUGAACUGAGAGACUAUGCCAAGAGGAGCGCUCCGGGAUCCAAGGACUUCUGGAUCGGCGUGGCAGACAUCGUGAAAGAAGGCCAGUAUGUCGAUGUCAACAGCCUGCCAGUCAGCUACUUCAACUGGGAUCGCUCCAAGAAGCAGCCCACAGGAACGAAGAGGGAGAGCUGUGUUGCCCUUUCAGUCGCCGCGCAAGGAAAGUGGUACGAUGAGGUGUGUCGCAGCCUGAAGAAGUACAUCUGUGAAUACGUCAUCCCCUGAAGGAGGCCGCUGACGGAUCCUUUACGCGGGUUUAAUCGAUGAAAACUGUAUAAAAACAAAAGUGUUGUCAAUGGUAUAGCAACAUGACUUGUAUUAAAGUGUAUCUCUAUGGUUAUUAAUUAAGUUUCUAAUAAGCUUUGUGUACACAUCUGAUAAUCAGGUGGCAUUAUGUGACCCCUCUGUGAUAAAACAUAACCUCACGUUAUUG